AUGGUCCAGCUGACGGAGGUAAGAAGUGCUUGGUUACUUAUAUAUUGUUUAUCUUUCUACAGAUCGUUUGAGAAAGAUAUCAGGGGAAAGAUCUACAUCUGCAAGAACAAGUGCAAAUGCUGUCCAAAGUAUGUUAGUAUCACCCCUGUUGCAAGUCAAAAUGAAGAGCCACUGAAUUUGGGCAGUGACAAUAAAGUUGCAAAUGAAGUGAUUGAUCUAGAGGGUGAGAAUCUGGAUGCAAUAGUAGAUGAACCUGCAGGGAAGAAACAGAAGAAGACCAAAUCUCAAUGUUGGGACCAUUUUGAUAGAACAUUCAAGGCGGUGGUGAUAAAUGGACAAAAAAUUAAGGAAGCAUGGGCCAAAUGCAAGUACUGCACAUAUAAAGCAAAGAGAAAUAGCAAGAAUGGGACAUCAGUCUUCUUGAACCAUAUUAAUAUGCAUAGAGAAAUAGCAAGAUGUUGCAAGUGGACUGGAAGAAACACCAUGUUGAAGAGAAGUCAAGGAUGUGUUACGGGCUUCUACUUGAUAGAUUACUUGCCUUUUAUAAUAAAUAAAAACUUCAAUAGAAUUUUGAAUUAAGUAUUUCUUAAGUAAGACAUUUGUCUUGGACGUGUGUAAUGCUAUCAUCAUAUUACCAUAACUGUUUAUUGUUGUCAUAUUCGUGUGGUAUGAGUGUUAUGACUUUAAAAGCUUGGCCACUCUCUAGUGUAAUGUGGUGAGUUAAAAAUGUGUUUUUA